UUCGCUUCGAUUCGGUUCGUUCAAACUUUGGACUUCCAUCUCUCACAAUUGCUUAAUAUUUCAUCAUCGUCGUGUCUUCUGGAAAUUCUCAAUCGAGAUCCACUCUAUCAAUCCAAACUUCCUCGCCUUCUUAAUGCUGGAAUUGAUGGAAAUCUGACGAGAAGAGGCAUCAGAAGCAAUACGAACAAAUAGGGAACUCGAUCUGCCCGUUCGAUCGCUUUAAAACUCUGGCCUUGAAGACUGGAGAGGAGAUAUCUUCACCAACACGACAUUGUGAGAUCCAAUUCCGGUCUGGGGAUUGACACUUCUGCUUCUACAGGACACAGUUGCAGGGAGAGUCACCGAUAAACUAUAAUCGAUGAUACUAUUGCAGUCCCACUCAAGAUUUCUGCUCCAGACUUUGUUAAAUCGGGUGCACAAUCUUGAAAAAGCUGUUGAAGUGGAUUACAACUGGGUGGAAUUUGAUGAUGUGCGUUACCAUGUCCAGGUCUCAAUGAAAAACCCAAAUUCCUUCCUGCUAUCUGUAUCAUUGCCCAUUCCUUCUGCAGAUACUGUUUUUUGUGGUGGGCUUCCAUCUGGAGCUAUAGAAGCUAUUAAGGCUGCAUAUGGCGUGCUUGUACAGAUUCUUGAUCCUCCAAGAGAUGGUUUUAAUCUCACAUUAAAAUUGAAUCUUUCAAAACUUCCACCUGAUGAAGAUAAUAAGCACACUAUUUUGGUAAAAGUCGCAUCUAUUAGGGAAGUGGUUCUUGGUGCUCCAUUAAGAGUGAUUCUUAAACAUCUCGGGUCUAAGGUUGUGGCUUCUGAUGUCAACAGGCUUGUUGCAUUGGUUCAUCGUCCAAAAGAGUCAUUUUUUCUUGUUCCUCAGGCUGAAAAGGUAAUUGUGGUGUUUCCAAUGAGAUUUAGGGAUUCUAUAGACAUUGCUCUUGCGACUUCUUUUCUCCAGGAAUUUGUAGAAGCAAGACGAACUGCUGGACUUAAUAAUGCUCCUCCUUGUUCAUGGUCUCCAUCUCCUCCUCAAGAACUGAAGGGAGCUCCCAAUGAUGCAUUAUCAGCCAAUGCAGGAUUUGUGACUUUUGUAAUUUUCCCUCGGCAUGUAGAGGGAAAUAAGGUGGACCGUGUAAUUUGGAGUUUGUCAACGUUUCAUGCAUAUGUUAGUUAUCAUGUUAAGUGCUCAGAGGGCUUUAUGCACACACGGAUGCGACGUCGUGUGGAGUCUCUGAUUCAGGCACUUGAUCGUGCCAAGCCAGAAGCAACUGAUACUAGGAAAAAAACACACAGCAGAUCCUUCAAACGGCUGGUUAGUGAUGGGAGUGCUGGCUGAUGAUUGGGGGCAUUUCGUUUUAUGCUUUAAUUUAAUUCACUGCAGUAUGCUCGCGAGGAAGCACAAAGAAAUUGAAUCCCAUAAAAGCCUCUUAUAAUAUUGUGGAAAUUUUGCAAUACCAAUUUGCUGUGUGAGAGGUACUCUGUUUUCUCCAUGAUUGUUCCGAAUUUUGUUUGGAAGGAAAUGGGGUUGUAUUUUGUUUUUUAUUUAUAUCCACGCUGCUUUUUGGCAUCCACUGAGCCAUAAUUUAUACUUGUUAAAUUUGAAGUCUCAUCGUUUCAUUUACCUCCUUGAGAAGUGAGUUGCACCUAUCAUAUGUGAUUAUGCACAGUAUUAGGCAACUUGAAACAAA